AUGACAAUGGCGACUACUAGCACGACCGAGAAUGUUACAACCGAGACCAAGCAUGUUCUCUACGUUCCGGACACAUACCAUGAGGAGCCGGUACGGCCUGGAUAUGUCGAUGGGUUGAUAGGCAUAGACGGGCUUCGUGCGGCAGUCCCAAAACACUGUUUCCAACCGUCAAUUGUGCGCUCGUUGGGGUUUUAUUUACGAGACAUUCUGUUCAUGGUAUCUUUGCUGACACUGGCGCUGUACCUUGAACGGCAAAUCGAAAGCCCUGUGCUCAAGUUUGUAGUCUGCGGUCUCGUGUAUCCCUUUCUCGCGGGCAUGCCUGCGACGGGAUUUUGGGUUUUGGGACACGAGGCAGGCCAUGGCUCGUUUUGCAAGAACCGCCUGGUUGGUGACUUUUUCGGUUUCACCGCCCAUUCGUUUCUCAUGUCGCCGUUCUUCAGCUGGAGGUCAACACAUUCCAGACAUCACGUGUAUGCCAAUCAUAUGGUUAAGGAUCACAACUAUGUGCCCCCAAGAAGGCAUGAAUACUCGGAAUUGUUCAAACCCAAAGGAGACUUUGAGCUCCGUGAGAUGACUGAAGACGCUCCCAUCGUAAUUCUGGCACGAGUGAUAUUACAGCAGCUCAUUGGAUGGCCCUGGUACUUGCUCACCAACAUCACAGCCGGCAGUCAGGCUGUGCGCCGGCCAUCCCACGGCUGGUGGAACAACAGCCAUUUCGACCCAUGGGGGGCUCUGUUUCGCGCUGAAGAAUUCUGGUCCAUUGUGGCCUCUGACGUUGGCAUUAUCGCCAUGAGCUAUCUCGUGUAUAAAGCCGCAUGUGUGUACGGCUGGUGGACGAUUACUUGGACCUACAUAUUGCCGUUGAUGUGGGUGAAUCACUACAUUGUCAUCAUCACUUACCUUCAUCAUACGUCUCCCUGUCUACCCAAGUUCUCGCCAGAGUCAUGGACCUUUCUCCGUGGUGCUUUGAGUACCGUGGAUCGAGACCCCGGCUACUUCUUGAGACACUUGUUGCAUCACAUCAUUGACCUCCAUGUUGUUCAUCAUCUGUUCCCACGCAUUCCGCAUUAUCACGCACAGGAAGCUACUGAUGCUCUUCGUCCACUUCUGGGCAAGUACUAUCAUCAGGAUAAGGGGUCAUACUAUGGUGCACUGUAUUCAAACUUCAGAGAUUGUCAAUGGGUCGAGCCCAAUCCCUCCUCUGAGUGGAUAGAAAACGUUCCAAAGGUGAGCCGCAUCGACCUUCUCAAGCUGGGGUAA